GGGUUUCCAUGGCGACCGAAAGCGCGGGAAUUACAGAUAAAUUGAAACUGAGACUGCGCGUCGUGAGUUUUCUGCGGCUUUCUGGACCGAUUACAGUCGGGGGGCGGUUUCUCAGAUAACUGGGCCCUAGGGCCCGGAAAGCCCGGACUCCGAUCUGGUUAAAGUUCAUUGGACAGAAAGAAAUGGAUUUGUCUGGAGUUCGUGUUGAAGAAGUACAAAAUGUCCUUAAUGCUAUGCAGAAAAUCUUAGAGUGUCCAAUCUGUCUGGAAUUGAUUAAAGAACCUGUUUCUACAAAAUGUGACCAUAUAUUUUGCAAAUUUUGUAUGCUGAAGCUUCUCAACCAGAAGAAAGGGCCCUCACAAUGUCCUUUGUGUAAGAAUGAUAUAACCAAAAGAAGCCUUCAAGAGAGUACAAGAUUUAGUCAACUUGUUGAAGAGCUAUUGAAAAUGAUUCAGGCUUUUGAGCUUGACACAGGAUUGCCCUUUGCAAACAGUUAUGACUUUUCAAAAAAGAAAAACAACUCUCCUGAACAUCAAAAGGAGGACGUUUCUAUCAUUCAAAGUAUAGGCUACCGAAACCGUGCCAAAGGGCUUCGAAAGAUUGAACCCAAAAAUCCUACGUUGCAGGAAACCAGUCUUAGUGUCCAAGUCUCUGACCUUGGAAUUGUGAGAUCUCUGAGGACAACGCAUCAGAUACAACCUCAAAAUAAGUCUGUCUACAUUGAAUUGGGAUCUGAUUCUUCUGAAGAAACAGUUAAUAAGGCGAAUUAUUACAGUCUGGGAAAUGAAGAAUUUUUACAAAGCACUCUUCAAGGAGCCAAUGCUGAAGCCACUUUGGAUCCUGCAAAAAAGGCUGCUUGUGUGUUUUCUGAGAAGGAAAUAACAAAUAUUGAACCUCAUCAAUCCAAUAAUAAAGAUUUGACCACUGUUAAGAAGCAUGCAACUGAGAGGCAUCCAGAAAAGUAUCAGGGUAUUUCUAUUUCAAACUUGCAUGUGGAGCCAUGUGGCACAGAUACUCAUGCCAGCUCAUUACAGCAUGAGAACAGCAGUUUAUUACUCACUAAAGACAGAAUGAAUGUAGAAAAGGCUGAAUUCUGUAAUAAGAGCAAGCAGCCUGGCUUAGCAAGAAGCCAACAGAGCAGAUGGGCCGAAAGUAAGGAAACAUGUAAUGAUAGGCAGACUCCCAGCACAGAGAAAAAGGUAGUUCCGAAUGUUGAUUGCCUGUAUGGGAGAAAACAACAGGAUAAGCAGAAACCUUCGUGCCCUGAGACCUCUGGAGAUAACCAAGAUGUUUCUUGGAUAACAGUAAAUAGCAGCAUUCAGAAAGUUAACGAGUGGUUCUCCAGAAGUAAUGAAAUGUUAACUCCUGAUGAUUCACUUGACCGGCGGUCUGAAUCAAAUGCCAAAGUGACUGGUGCAUUAGAAGUUCCAAAGGAGAUAGAUGGAUAUUCUGGUUCUACAGAGAAAAUAGACUUACUGGCCAGUGAGUCCCAUAAUGCUUUAAUAUGUGAAAAUAAAAGAGUCCAUUCCAAACCAGUAGAGAAUAAUAUCAAAGAUAAAAUAUUCGGGAAAACCUACCACAGGAAGACAAGCCUCCCUAACUUGAGCCACAUAACUGAAGAUCUAACUAUAGGAGCGUUUGCUGCGGAACCACUGGUACCGUGUCCACCCGCAAAUAAAUUAAAACGUAAAAGAAGAACUUCUUCAGGCCUUCAACCUGAAGAUUUUAUCAAGAAGGUAGAUUUGGCAGUUGUUCCAAAAACUCCUGCACAGAUAAAUCAGGGAACUGAUCAAACAGUGGACAAUGAUCAGGAGAUGAAUAUUACUAAUCGUGGUAAUGAGAAUGAAACAAAAGGUGAUUAUGUUCAGAAAGAGACAAAUGCUAACCCAACAGAAUCCCUGGAAAAAGAAUCUUCCUUCAGAACUAAAGUUGAACCUAUAAGCAGCAGUAUAAGCAAUAUGGAACUAGAAUUAAAUGUCCAUAAUUCAAAAAAACCCAAGAAGAAUAGGCUGAGGAAGAAGUCCUCUACCAGGCGUGUUCAUGCACUUGAACUAGUAGUCAAUAAGAAACCGAGCCCACCUAAUCAUACUGAACUACAAAUUGAUAGUUGUACUAGCAGUGAAGAAAUGAAUUUCGACCAAAUACCAGUCAGUCACAGCAGACAGGUUCAAGUCAUAGAAGAUACAGAACCUCCAACUGGAGCUAGGAAGAACAAGCCAAAUGAACAAAUAAGUAAAAGACAUGCCAGUGAUGUUUUCCCAGAAGUAAAAUUAACAAGCAUACCUGGUGUUUUUACUAACUGUUCAAGUUCUAAUAAACUUCAAGAAUCUGUCAAUCCUAGCCUUCAAAGAAGGGAAAUAGAAGAGAACCUUGACAGAGUUCAAGUGCCUAAUAGUGCCCUAGACCCCAAAGAUCUCCUGUUAUGUGGAGAAAGGGGCUUGCAAACUGAAAGGUCUGUGGAGAGUACCAGUAUUUCACUGGUACCUGAUACUGAAUAUGGUACUCAGGACAGCAUCUCAUUACUGGGCGCUAACACCCUUGGAAAGGCAAAAACAGCAGCAAAUGGACAUGUGAGUGAGAGCACAGCAAUUGGAAAUCCCAAGGAACUUAUCCGUGAUUGUUUGAAAGAUACUGGAAAUGACCCGGACAAAUGUAAGGAUCCAUUGAGAAGUGAAGUUGACCAAGAGACAAGCGUAGCAAUGGAAGAGAGUGAGUUUGAUACUCAGUAUUUACAGAAUACAUUCAUGGGUUCCAAGCGUCGUUCAUUUGCUCUGUGUUCAAAACCAGGAGAUCCAGAAAAGGAAUGUGCAGCAGUCUGUACCCGCUCCAACUCCUCAAGGAAACAAAGUCCAGAAGUCACUCUUGAACGUGAACAAAAAGAAGAAAGUCAGAGAAAGGAAGAGUGGAAAAUCAGUCAUGUCCAGGCAGCCGAUAGCACUGUGGGCUUUCCUGUGGUGUGUCAGAAAGAGAAGGCAGGUGAUUGUGCCAAAUGGGGCAUUAAAGAGAUCUCUAGGCUUUGUCUGUCAUCUCAGUCCAAAGGCAGUGAAACUGAGCUCAUUGCUGUAAGUAAACAUGGAAUGUCACAAAACCCAUAUCAUAUGCCACCAAUUUCUCCCAUCAAGCCAUCUGUUAAAGCCACACGUCAGGUAAACCUGUCAGGGCAAAGGUCUGAGGAACAUUCCGUGUCAUCUGAAAGAGCAGUGGGAAGCGAGAGCCUCAUUCCAAGCACAGUGAGCACAAUUAGCCAAGAGUACAUUAGAGAAAGUGCUUUGAAAGGAUUCAGCUCGAGCAGUAUUAAUGAAGGGGGCUCUAGUGCUAACGAAGUAUGCUCCAGUGUUAAUGAAGUAGGAUCCAGUGGUGAAAACAUGCAAGCACAACCAGGCAGAAGCAGAGCACCUGAGUUAAAUGCUGUGCUUAGAUUAGGUCUUAUGCAGCCUGAAGUCUGUGAGCAAAGUCUUCCUGUAAGUAAUUCUGAACUUCCCAAACUCCAAAGGCAAGAAGAAAACGAAGGAGUAGUUCAGGCUGUGAACAGAGAUUUCUCUUCGUAUCUGGUUCCUGAUAGCCAAGAGCAGUCUAUAGGAGGUAGGCAUGCUUCUCAGAUUUGUUCUGAGACACCUGAUGACCUGUUAGAUAUUUAUGAAAUAAAGGAAAAUACCAGCUUUGCUGAGAGCGGCAUUAAGGAAAGAUCUGCUGUGUUUAGUAAAAGUGUUCAGAGGGGAGAGUGCAGUAGAACCCCUAGCCCUUCAGGCCAUGCAUGUUUGGCUCAGAGUCACCAAAGAGAAGCUAGGAAAUUAGAGUCCUCAGAAGAGCAUAUACCUAGCGAGGAUGAAGAGCUUAUCUGCUUCCAACAAUUACUGUUUGGUAAAGUAACUGAUAGACCAUCCCAAUCUACUAGACGUAGUGCUGUUGCCACAGAGUGUGUAUCUGAGAAAACAGAGGAGAACUUCGUGUCAUUGAAAAAUAGCUUAAACGACUCUGAUAACGAGGUGACACUGUCAAAGGCAUCCCAGGAGCACCCCCCCAGCCAGGGAUCAGAAUGUUCCGGUAGCUUGUUUUCUUCCCAGUGCAGUGCAGUGGAAGACUUGAAUGAAAAUACAAACUCCCAGGAUCCCUUCUUGAUGUUUGAUUCUCCUUCCAAACAAAUGAGACAUCAGUCUGAAAGCCAGCAAGAUACGAGUGACAAGGAAUUGGCUUCAGAUGAUGAAGAUAAUCUCCAAGGACAGAAUGUGGAUGCAAACUUAGGUGCAGCAGCAUCUGGGUGUGAGAGUGAAGCAAGUCUGUCUGGAGUCCACUCAGGGCUGUCCUCUCAGAGCGAAAUCUUAACCACUCAGCAGAGGGACACCAUGCAAGAUAACCUUCUAAAACUCCAGGAGGAAAUGGCUCAGCUGGAAGCUGUGUUAGAGCAGAAUGGGAGCCAGCCCUCUUACAGACCCCCUUCCCCCCUGCCUGACCCAUGUGCCUCGGAGGACCCGCUAAAUCUACAACAGAACACAUCAGAAAAAGGAGUAUUAACUUCAGAGAAAACUAGUGAAUAUCCUAUCAGCCGGAAUCCAAAAAGCCUUUCUGUUGACAAGUUCCGGGAAUCUCCACAUCAUUCCAACAGUAAAAAUAAAGAACCAGGAGCAGGAAGGACUUCCCCUUCUGAAUCCCAGUUGUUCGGGAAUAGAUGGUACACGCACAGCCAUUCGAGCGCUCUUCGGAACAAAAGCUGCCCACCUCAAGAGGAGUCCGUUAAGGAAGUUGGUUUGGAGCAGCGGCAGCUGGAAGACUCUGAGCCGCAAGAUUCAGUGUCAGAGUCUUAUUUGCCAACACAAGAUACAGAGGGCACCCCUUACUUGGAAUCUGGAAUCAGCCUCUUCUCUGACCCUGAAUCUGCUCCUGCUGAGGACAGAGCCCCCGGGCCAGCUCCUGUGUGCAGCUCACCAGAUUCACGAUCUACACUGAAGUUACCCCAAUUUCAGGUUGCAGAAUCUGUCCAGAGUCCAGCUAACGAUAGUGCUGGAUGCAGUUCCAAGGAAGAAAGUUUAAGCUUGGAUAAGCCAGAAUCAAUAUCCUCAACAGAAAGGAUCAACAAGGGAAUAUCCAUGGUGGUAUCAGGCUUGACCCCAAAAGAAUUUAUGCUUGUGCACAAGUUUGCCAGAAAAUACCACAUCACUUUAACUAAUGUAAUUACUGAAGAGACUACUCAUGUCAUUAUGAAAACAGAUGCUGAAUUUGUGUGUGAACGGACACUGAAAUAUUUUCUGGGGAUUGCAGGAGGAAAGUGGGUAGUUAGCUAUUUCUGGGUGACCCAGUCAAUUAAAGAAAGAAAGAUACUGGAUGAGCAUGAUUUUGAAGUCAGAGGUGAUGUCGUCAACGGAAGAAACCACCAGGGUCCGAAGCGAGCGAGAGAAUCCCAGGACAGAAAGAUCUUCAGGGGCUUAGAAAUCUGUUGCUAUGGGCCCUAUACCAACAUGCCCACAGAUCAACUGGAGUGGAUGGUACAGCUCUGUGGCGCCUCCGUGGUGAGGGAGCUUUCGUCAUUCACCCGUGGCACAGGAGUUCACCCGAUUGUGGUCGUGCAGCCAGAUGCCUGGACGGAGGACGGUGGCUUCCAUGGGAUUGGACAGAUGUGUGCGGCAUCCGUGGUGAGCAGAGAGUGGGUGUUGGACAGCAUAGCCCUUUAUCAGUGCCAGGAGCUGGACCCCUACCUGAUACCACAGAGCCCCGCAGCAGCUGCUGAGCACAGCCGGCCACGUGUCUAGAGCCGCAGGACCCCAAGGCGAAGCUGAAGAAGUAGCCUCUCCGGGCCCGAGAGCCCUCCUCACUCUUCAGUCCUCCCAUAGUCGCGGUUCCUAAAUAUUUUAUGUACAUUAGCCUGAAAAAAACUUCUGGCUGUGCAAGGGUCUCUUAAAGAUUUUCUGCUUCCAAUCUCCCUUUGAAAUCUGCCGUGAGCACAAAUCUGUGGUAAUUUUUCACCUGAGAGGAAUAUAAAACCAUUUAAACCCCACCAAUUCAGCAAGAUGCUGAUGCAUUAUUUAUCAGCCUGACUCCUACUACGGGGGCUGCUGGAACGGGGCUGGAGGCACAGAGUGGCUUGGCCUCAAGACAACAGCCAGCUUCCCUCAGCUCAUUGGGCUAAAGCCUUGGGUUCCUGAAGACCAAGAACCAGACCCUUCAGUGGAAGGAGAGUGCCUGGGACCUGGGACGAGACUGAAAUCAGAAAGGUCCUGGGGCAGCCCUGAGAUGCUGGAGUGGAGCUCUGGGGAGGAAGCCAAGAGGCAGGCACAGGAUCUGCACGGGAAACCAGAGGGUUAACUAGAGGCCACUCGUUUCUAAAGACCGUGCUCUGAAACAGCAGAACACGUCUCGGAACCACUGUCCAGAGGGGCUUCUAACCGGUAAUAAGUAAGAUGGUUAUUGUUGUAGCGCCAGUGUGUAACUCAUUCCUCUUAAAAAUAAGGGCUCUGAUAUGAAUAUUUCAUGUCUGUAAAAUGAAGGAUCCCACCAGGAGAGGAGCUGUCGCUUUCUUUGAGGUAAUUCUUCUCCCUUUGCUCCCUACUGCUGAACUGUACAACCUCAUAAAUAAUUUCACUUGCUGAAGGAGGAAAGUGUUGUUCAUAAACUCAUUGCCCAGGACUGUUUAUAGCUGUUGGAAGGACUGGGUCUUUUCUUGCCCCCCAGUGUGGAAGGGCAGUGCAGACGCGAUUCCGCGAAGUAUGUUCUGUAACUGUUGUGCUAUUAAAAUAAAAUAAACUUGGUAGCAAA